AUGGAGGGGUUUGCGAUCGUGUUGGUUCUGUGGCAGAAGGGUAUUUGUCAGCAUCGCGUGUUGUUUCUGGUGCAUUGUGGACUCGCGGCUGCGAUCGGAGCGGAAGGCUGGAGUCUCAAGUCUGCGCGAUUUGGAGUGUGGAGAGAUGAUUUUACAUGUCUCCAGCAAUUGGUGCACAUCAAUGAUGCAACAGCAGUGCUUUCACUCCUCCAACCAGCACCAGAAACCUUUGAGUUGUUUGAUGAUCUUAUAUUGAUGGCAGAGGGGAAGAUAGUAUACCAUGGCCCCUGCAGUCAAGCAUUCCAGUUCUUUAAGGAUUGCGGUUUCUGGUGCCCUGAAAGAAAAGGAGUGGCAGACUUUCUUCAAGAGGUAACCUCUAAGAAGGAUCAAAGGCAAUACUGCAAGUACUCCUUAGGAAAAUGGGAUUUGUUUGAAGCUUGUAUGAAGAGGGAGAUUCUUCUCAUGAAACGAAACUCGUUUAUCUAUAUAUUCAAAACUGUGCAGCUUACAAUCACUGCAAUCAUAACAAUGACAGUCUUUUUGCGCACACAACUUGACGUGGACUUGUUAGGAUCAAACUAUUUAUUAGGUUCACUGUACUAUACACUUAAAGCAUUCUAUCUCUAUCCAGCUUGGGCUUACUGUCUUCCAGCUGCCAUACUAAAGAUUCCAUUUUCAGUCCUUGAUUCUCUUGUUUGGACAUCAAUAACAUAUUAUGUUAUAGGCUACAACCCAGAAAUAACAAGGUUCCUCCUCCAGUUCCUUUUGCUUAUCGCUCUGCACAUGUCAUCAACCUCUAUGUGUCGUUCCCUUGCUGCCGUUUUUAAAACUGAUGUUGCAGCUACAACUGUUGGUUCUUUGGUCUUAGUACUCAUGUUCUUGUUUGGAGGCUUUAUUCUUCCUCGACCAUCAUUACCAAAGUGGUUGAGGUGGGGUUUUUGGCUUUCUCCCAUGUCAUAUGGGGAAAUAGGAAUAACACUCAAUGAAUUUCUUGCUCCUCGCUGGAAAAAGAUUCAAGAGGGAAACAUCACCGUUGGAAGAGAGGUUCUCAAGAGUCGUGGUUUAGACUUUGAUAGCAACUUUUUCUGGAUAUCAAUUGCAGCAUUACUUGGUUUCGCAGUAGUAUUUGAUAUCCUAUUUGUAGUAGCAUUAACUUACUUAAAAGAGCCAAAGCAAUCUCGAGCUUUAGUUUCGAAAAAGAGGCUGCCUCAACUAAAAGGAGGAGAAAGAAGCAAUGAAGUGGAAUUAAAAAAUAAGUCAGUAGCAGUUGAUAUUACCCACACAUCGAAGGAAGCUCAAAGCACAGGGAAAAUGGUCUUGCCCUUUUUGCCACUGUCAAUAGCAUUUAAGGAUGUCCAGUAUUUUGUUGACACUCCUCCGGCCAGGAAUCCUUACUGCUUUGAUGAGAGUCAGUGGAGAAGGAAAGACAACACUCAUGGACGUUACUGUGAGCAGAACGACAUACAUUCUCCAUAUAUAACAUUUGAAGAAUCUGUUCGAUACUCAGCUUGGUUGCGGUUGCCAAGCGAGAUUGAUUCAGCUACAAAAGGGAAAUUUGUUGAAGAAGUCCUUGAAACAAUUGAACUUGAUGAUAUAAAGGAUAACUUAGUUGGUAUCGCUGGUCAAAGUGGCUUAUCUACCGAGCAACGUAAAAGGCUAACUAUAGCAGUAGAGCUUGUAUCCAAUCCUUCAAUAAUUUUUAUGGAUGAACCUACAUCUGGUUUGGAUGCCCGAGCUACUGCUGUAGUUAUGCGUGCAGUGAAGAAUGCUGUUGGCACUGGUAGGACCACAGUUUGCACCAUACAUCAGCCAAGCAUCGAUAUAUUUGAAACUUUUGAUGAGUUGAUUCUAAUGAAAUCUGGAGGCAAGAUCAUUUAUAAUGGAAUGCUAGGCCAUCAUUCAAAUAGACUGAUUGAAUAUUUUCAGAGUAUACCGGGAGUUCCAAAGAUCAAGGACAAUUAUAAUCCUGCAACCUGGAUGUUGGAAGCUACUUCUGCAUCUGUAGAUGAAGAGGUCUCUACAUUAAGGGACGAGUUUCAAGAUAAGAUUGAUAGAUUGCAAAAUGCUUUUAAGAUCGUAAUACAACAAUGCAAUCCUCAAAUUAAUAUAGAGUCAAUUAAAGAUUUGUUAGGAUUAUCUCAUGGAGAUGCUAAUAGUUCCCCAAAGGAUAUAAGACCGCAAAUGCAUUCAUCUACAUCAACUCAUGCUCCAUGUCAUGGAAAGCAAUGUAUCAAUGAAGAUGUUGAAAAGGACGAUAUAAAUGAUGAAAUUCAAGAGGACGACAUAAAUGAUAAAAUUCAAGACGACGACCUAAAUGAUAAAAUUCAAGAGGACGACGUAGAUGACGAAUUUCAAGAGGACGACAUAGAUCUAGAUGAUGAAUUUCAAGAGGAGGAUAUAGAUGGUGAAUUUCAAGAGGACGACGUAGAUGAAGAAUUUAUGGAGGAUGACAUAUCUAACGAAUUUCAAGAGGACGAUCUGGAUGCUUUACUCCUAGAAGACAAACUUGAAUGA